UAUCUGACAAACAUUUCAUAAAAAGGGUUUAAUGAAACAUGUUAAAAAACUACGGCGAGAUAAAAACGCGAUGUUGAAAGGUUUUGCAAAAGAAAAAAUGUCCUGAUAUAGGUACAAAUAAGUGUUGACAAAUCUAUUCAAAGAAGAGAUAUUUUCACGCGACCUUGCAUGGAAUAAAUGAUAUAAAGCAGACUAGCUGCUGCACAUUUGUCAUUUGAUCACUGUGCGACUUCAGAUACCACACGAAUCUCGCUAGGAUAUUUAAUUGCAGAGAAAAAAUACCUUCUCGUCAAAAGCAAGAAAUCAACGACUGAAAUGUAUCUUAUGCGGAUAAAGGAACUUCUGAUUGUGGCUUGUAUGAUUUACACUGGCGGUUGCACAAUUGUCAACGAUUACCGAGGACGUUUGCAUUUCGAAUGUGCUGGUGGUAACCAGUUCAUAUCCCAUGUCUCGAGUGUACGAAGCAAUCAUCGAGAAGAUCGUGUAUUCAACAUGAGUUGUCGAAAUUUACCAGUUAAUGUUACUGGUCUGACGCCAUCUUGCUAUUGGACAAGUAUUUUAUGCUCUCUUGGUUUACUUGUUUGGCUUAUUUUUAAGCUGAAAAUGAUCAGAUGGUAUUUAAACGACUGGGACGCACAGAUGAUAUUUCAUGGCCCCGGUAAUCGAUACAUAAGUGGAUUUCAUAGUUACUUCAACAUUUACCAUGGAGACAGGAGAUGGAAGGUCAAAAGUUGUAACAUGAACGGAAUUUACUUCUUAGCUGGAUGUAACCAUACUCCCUGGACCAACGGCUGGAAUGGCAAGCAGAACUUUAUUGCCGACUCUAACCGAGUUAUGACAGGCAUCAUCUCAACUCAUAAUAAUUACAGAGA